AUGCGACAAAACGAAAAUAAACCAAAAACACGACAACUAUGCUCAUCAACUGAACAGCAAGAGAAGAGACGACUGCAAGUAUCGAAGAAGACGACAAAAACUUUACAUUCAUGUAUACAUAUCAGCACAUCUCAGACGGUGGGUCUUGUUUUGCAAUCAUUGUUAAGUCAUAAUGUUUCUGAAGAUAUUAAAGUUUGA